CAUACGCACUACCCGCAGUUUGCAAGCCGGGAGUUCACAGGGCGGUCGCGUCGGGGGCCCUUUGGUGAUGCUCUCCUGGAGUUCGAUGCCUCGGUGGGACACUUGCUGCAGGUGCUGGAGGACAGUGGUCUAACAAACAGGACGCUGGUGUUUUUCACCUCUGACAAUGGCCCUUCCACCAUGCGGAUGGCCCGUGGGGGCAGCUCUGGCCUUCUGAGGUGUGGGAAGGGAACAACAUAUGAAGGUGGCAUGCGGGAACCAGCAGUGGCUUAUUGGCCGGGCCGCAUCACUCCAGGAGUGACCCAUGAGCUGGCGAGCACCCUGGACAUCCUGCCAACACUGACUGCUCUGGCUGGAGCAGCUCUCCCCAGCGUUGCCCUGGACGGCUACGACUUGAGUCCAGUGCUGUUUGGCUCAGGGAAGAGUCCCCGUCAGACAAUGUUCUACUACCUGCCGGCCCCUGAUGAGCUGCACGGGCCCUUUGCAGUCAGGCUUGGGAAGUACAAGGCCCAUUACUUCACACAAGGCUCCUUUCACAGUGAUACUACCCCUGACCAGGCUUGCCAUGGACUGACUCCGCUGACUCCCCAUGUGCCCCCGCUGCUCUUUGAUCUGGAGUCGGACCCUGCUGAGCACUACGAUUUGGUGCAGGGUGGCGCAGGGCAAGAAGUUCUGCAAGUGCUGGAGGAGAUCAAACUGCAGAAGGCGCUUUUUGAACAGCGCAUGGAGUUUGGAGAAAGCCAGAUCGGGAAGGGCAGAGACCCUGCCCUGCAGCCCUGCUGCAUCCCAGACUGCACCCCCAAGCCCUCCUGCUGCCACUGCUCCUAGCCCUGUGCCGCCCCAGCC